AACAAGCAGUUCACUUCCGAGGCGGGACGGUAGGAUUGCCCAUUCCAAUCAUGGCAGAUCGCUUACAAUGGGCUCUCGGCUAGGUCUCGCACUCUCAUUCGGCCCCUGAGUUUUCACUUUCUCAACGUAUUUCCGUAUCCGGCUGGGUAUCAUGGCGCUAGAUGCAGCCCGGGAAAUGAUGGAGGAUGAGGGCUUGGAAGACGGGGAGCUAAGCGGCUCUGACACAGACAUGAGAACGUCGGGAGUGGGGAACAAAGGGCAGCAGAAAACAGAUUUAAUCACCACUUCACUCAGUUACCGGAGUAAUAGUACCCUUUCAAAUAAUGUCCCCUACCGAACGACUAAAGGUCUGGACUCGAGUGAAGAUAGUGCAUCUGAUUCUGAUGAUGAAGAUGGUUCUUCAUGGAAACGUAAACGGCAGAAGUGUACCCACCCAGCCCCUAAAAUGGCCAGACCUCUUCCUGUACUGCAGGGCCAACAAAGGCCUAUUGGCACGGGGGGUACAAAGCGUAAUAAUGUAUGGGGAGCUGUCCUUCAGGAGCAGACCCAAGAGGCAGUGGCAACUGAACUAGGUAUUAUGGAUAUGGAAGGCCAACUGGAUAUGAGUAGGCAAUCGGAGACAUAUAAUUAUAUUCUUGCCAGGAAACUGAUGGAAAAAACAGAAAAGGAGGAAGAACUGAAGCUGGACAAAGAACUAGAUGAGUACAUGCAAGAAGAUAAAGAGUCUGCACCAAAAGAGGAAAAUGGGCACCUCAAGAGGAAACGACCUAUUAAAGAAAGACUGGGAGAGAGGUUAGAAAUGGAUUACAAGGGCAGAUAUGAAAUAACUGAGGCUGACUCAGAAGAUAAAGUCUCUGAUGAAAUUGCCCAUAGACUCCGAGAGCCAAAGAAGGAUUUAAUAGAGCGGGUUGUAAAAACUCUUGGAACCAAGAAAGCUAUUGAGUUGCUUAUGGAAACUGCAGAAGUGGAACAUAAUGGUGGACUCUUUAUUCUGAAUGGAAGUAGAAGGAGGACUCCUGGAGGGGUGUAUCUGAACCUAUUAAAAAAUACACCAAGUAUUACAUCAGAUCAAGUGAAGGAAAUAUUUUGUUUAGAAAACCAGAAGGAACAAGAGAGUAAAAAGGCAGCCAAAAAGAGAAGGCGCCAUUUACUGGGGAAGAAGAUGAAGGAAGCCAUCAAAGGCCUUAACUUCCAGGAGCAUGACGAUACCUCGAGAGAGACGUUUGCCAGUGACACCAAUGAAGCACUGGCUUCUCUAGAUGACGAGCAUACAGAAAUGAAAGCCGACACAGAGGAUGCCAUUGAAAUCGACAAUUCCCACGACCUUGAGACUUUUUAACAGCACUUGCUGAUAUUGUGUAAACGGCUUCUACAUUUCAAAGCUAGAAAAUUAGGAGAAAAAAUCCUAUUCAUGAAAGACUGCUACAUAGGGGAAACAAAUGACUUAAUAGAAAAACAUUCGUUUCUAGUUGGUGGCACCACCAUGGUUUUUGGCAUACUUUUUUUUUUUGUUUUCUUUGCACUUUGCCUCGUUUUGCCUUUUAUUAUCAUACAAAUUAGUGUCCAUUAGAAACUGUGACCUAUAACUGUAAACUUGUCAUUUUGACACUAGAACAGGCCAUUCCUAUGUACCAGAUCAACCAUUUCACAAACCACAGAUCCCUUUCUAUAAACUGCUUUAUACUUAGAUAGGACGCUAUGACUUGUAGCUGCUCAUGUCGGCUGGGUUAUCCUGUUUAGCACACAGGGAAAUUUGUAGCAUUUUGUUGCCUCAGCAAAACCCCUACAACUUAACCUCCCAUUCAAAGUAAAUGGGAUUUGCUUUGAUUGCACUUUGUGUUGUGCGUUUGUCACCAGACAGGACAGCAUGCAGUUUUGGCAUUUCUAUCUUCUGUGAGGGGGGGGGGGGGGGGGGGAUAUGGAGCAUUUAGUGUACUUCUCUGAGUGAUAAAUUAGUGAGGCAACAAAAUGCCACAAUCUUCCCUUGUUCCAUUAUUAGCCUGCUAGGAGCAAUACUGAAAGAAGGUGCUAUGGUUCUAAAACUGCAGGGAAUCGGGCCACAAUAAUAAGUGCCUUGCAGCUCAACUACAUUACUGAUCACAAGACCCUUUAACCCUCUUAUACAAGUGUACUGGAACUCGCUGAUUCAGAACAUUCCACUAUUACCAGUAUUUAUACCACUUUUAAGAGAAUAAUAUAGGGAUUCAGCAGGCUGUUGAUAGGAAAAAAGGUUUCCUUAAACUUCAGCAAUGAAGGUAACAUUUCAAUGUUAAUUGCUGUUCUAGGCAGGUCUGACUUCUUGAAUAAUUAUAAAGGAUAAUGUAUCCCUGCUAAAAGGAUAUUAGAUGGCAGCUUGGUGUUUUGUGAUUAAAUGCAGCUUCCAUUCUGUAACCUAAAUGACUAGUUCUAAAUUGAAAUAGGGGUGUAUUAUUCUUUAGCUUGAAUACCAUUAAAUGGAUUCUGUCAUGAUUU